AUGGCAGGGCCGCGCGCGCCUAUCGGCACUCUCUCGCAGCACGCCGCCACUGCUGCGGGCCUCGUGCGCGGUAUGGUUCCCAAGAUGUUCACUCGAACCGACCCAAAGCGCACUCGCAAUGCCGAUAAGCCUGUGGAGAGCGAGAGCGAGAGCGACAGUGACAGCGACAGCGACAGCUCCAGUGGCAGCGAUACCGAGACGAAACGUGACACCAAGAGCUGGGGAGAAACAAUGAAAGCGAAGAAAAACGUCCAGGACUCUGAGUCGUCCGCAAGCGAGAGCAGCAGCGAGGACGAUGAGGACGACAAGAUGGCCGUCGAUUCCGAGCCAGACUCAAAAUCCGAGAAGAAAACCAUAAAAAGCAAGAGUGCGCAAGUAAAGCUUAAGGCAGAGGACACGAGUUCCGACGCCGAGAGCGCGUCCAGCGAUGAAGAGUCCGACGGCGAUUCUGCGCCUGCGGUUAAGCCAGAUCGCAAGGCCGAUUCCGCGCCGGUGAAAACCUCUUCCUCAGAUGAAGAGUCAGCCUCUGAGAGCGAGGCUGAAAGUGAGAGUGAGGACGAGAGCCAGGAUGAUAGCGAGGAUGAACCUGAGCCAGCGCAGAGGUCCAAAUCGAAGUCGGCGCCGGGCCCCAAAUCUUCUACGACUGUCAACGGGAACACGAAGGGCAAGGAGGUAGCUAGCCGCUCUGAGAAUACGAGCGACGCGGAGUCAGCCGAUACGGAGCAGUCCGCCUCGGACUCCGAGGAUGAGGAUAUGACCGAAUCCACCGCCGUUGAGAAGCUGAGUGGAAAGACCACAGUCCCACCGCCCCGUGAAAUUGUUACGCAGGGGUUCCAUCUUCGCAAAGCAAAGGAGAAUGUCGAUGCCGCUGCGGUUGCCCGUGCCUUCAAGAAAGCAAAGGCAGAAAGGCAAACAGAUUUGGUACUUCACGACUCCAAAGUCUGUGCCUAUCGAAGUUAUCCAGAAACACGCUAUUCCCCUGGACAAGGUUCCAUGCUGGAAAGGGCCAUUUUUGCUCAUGAGGGGAGCGAGUACACCGGCCAGUUUGAAGAGCCGGUAAACCACGCCAUCAAGGUCCUCAUCCCUGGAAAGACAGGGACUAGUUAUGAAGCUCACAGCCAAUCGGUCGAUCGCGUUCUGCACAUCACUCGUGACAUCGCGUCCACGCCCGUCAAGAAGUCCAAAAAGGUUCGGGUCGAGAGCGCCAGCAUCGAGCAAGUCGAUCCAUCUCCGGCCGAGUCUGAACCGUCUCCCGUUAAGAAAUCGAAGGGCAAAGAAAAGUCCAAGAAGAACGCCUCAUCCUCGGCCGAGGAAUCGAGCGAGGCAGGCUCUUCAUCUCAGGACACCACCCAGCGGAACAUCCGCGCGGCGAGCGUCCCUCCCGGCUACCAGUCCAUGUCGGAGAUGCGUAAGGCGACCGAGGCCGCGCAGGCUAUGCCGCCUAACACCCCGACCAAGACACGGAUCGCCUCCUUGACCCCGGUCCCCAUUCCAGGUGUUUACACGCCUCGAAAAGUGAUUCCUUCGCAACCUUGGACUGCGAAGGGCCCAUCCAGCAACCUGGCGCCGCCCAACGGCACCCCGAAUGGCACACGCUACGGCACCCCGUCAGCUUCUUCCCAGCCCCCCAAAGGCAUCUUGAAGACGCCCGACCGCGAGCAAUCUUCUGGAGGAAAGGACACCCACUCGGGUAGCCAGGGCAAGUCCAAGAAGAAAAUUGCGAAGAAGAACCGAAUGCCUCGUAUUUCCUGGCAGGGGGGUACCAAGUGUGGUCAUGGCUCCUAUUGA